AAAAAAAAAGACAUCCUUUUCCAUUUCUGAUAUUUUCAAACUGUCAUCGUUUUUUCUUAACUGAAACAUUUUAUGUCAACAAAAGGAAAUACAUAAUUUCUGAAUGUGAUGGAGAAUUGCCCUAAAAACCUGCAAGGGGUUUGAAAAAUUCCAGGAAAUAGGCCACAACAUUGAUUGAAUGUACAAAUUAUUUUUCAAUAUCUACAUUUAAAACACAGUAAAAAAUAUUAUCAUAGUACACCAUAGUACUUUGUUAGAAAUGUGUCCCGUAAAAACCCAUCUACUACAAAAGUAUAGAAAGUCAACCAGUCUUAUUUCCACACAUUGAAAACACACAACUGUAAUUCAUGCACGUACACAAACACAUUAGCAGACUAGGAACAUAAACACACGGUUUGGUUAAUAGUUCAUCAUAAGUCAAGAUAGAUGAAAGAAAAAAUCAACCACCAAUGGGGACAACACACUAUAUUCACAAGAUAUAUGAUAAUAAUAUAAUAUAUAUACCUGAAUUGUCAAACUGUGGUUUUAUAUUAAUUACUCUAAUAUCUCAAGUAAUAAGCCAACAACAAAAAACUCAGCUAGCUUUAUUCCAUAAGAGGAUUUACUGUAAGACUGCAAGCAACAACUAAUUUCAUUAUAACUGCAGCUGACAGUUAUUUUCUUGAAUAAUUCAUAAAUCUUUCCAUCUGUAAAAUGUCAGGAGAGAGUUGGAAAGUGUUGCUCUUCCAGCUCUUGAAGUGCUGGUUGGUUUGUGGAUGCCUCGGGAUAUAAUCAAAAUGCUGUGUUAAGUGGGGUUGGGGGGGCAACAGGGGGCCUAGGGACAUAUUUUUGCCGCGGUGUCUCCUAGGAGAUUCAAGGUCGGUGGUCCUGAGAGAAUUAAUGCAACCAGUAGUGGAGGUGGUAGAUGUUUACAGUGGCCAUGGUGAAGGAAUCCUUUGUGGAUCGGUCACAUCACAGCGGAGAGACUCUGCUCUAUCAGCUCAGUAUCUGACCCAAACUCCAAGUGGGUGUAUUGAACUGGUGGAAGUGUUACAGUAACAGACUAUUGAUACUGAUGUACAUCGAUCAGCAGUUGUUCUUUGUGGCAUCACUGGAUUUGUUAAGUAGUUCUAGCAAAAACAAAACAGCUUGAUUAAAGGUAUUAAAAGAGUGGCCUUAAAGAGACAGAGGCUGUGAAAGAGGAGCUGCAGGAAACGGACAUGUUUACUGAACAUUAGGGCAUGAAAACCUUUUACAGUAAUAACCCACAUUGACAUCAUGAACCUGAAUAUGAGCAGAAUAUAUUUCUCCUUUAAAAUUCACCAGAUUAAUGAAACAGACAUUCAGCUGAAUCCAGUGUAAUUUUCUGUGUCAUGGCAUAAAUAUCAUUACAAGAGUUUAGCCAUUUUGUCUAAAACACCCCCCCCCCCCCCCCCCCAGCAGGAGUCCUUUGUUUGCUGUGGAAUUUAGUUUUUCUACUCACAGAAACAAUAUGUGAGAUCAUUGUUUCUGUGUGGCUGUUGCUUGUCCACUGUACGGUCACUUUUAUGUAUAAUGAAAGUGCACGUGACGAGAUCAGAGUCCUGAGCGACAGGAGGCGGCCGCAGCCUGUUACAGCAGCAGUAACAGACACGCUGAUUCCAUCAUGCCCCCCGCCGCAGCGACCAACCUGGGCUACACCCCGCCGGACGGAGGCUGGGGCUGGGCUGUUGUCUUGGGCUCUUUCAUCUCCAUAGGAUUCUCCUACGCCUUCCCCAAGUCGCUCACCAUCUUCUUCAAGGAAAUCCAGGCGUAUUUCUCAGUUUCCUACAGUGAGAUCGCCUGGGUGUCGUCGGUCAUGCUCGCCUCCAUGUACGCAGGAGGACCUCUGAGCAGUGUACUCGUCAACCGCUUCGGCAGCAGACCGGUGGUCAUGGCCGGCGGGCUGAUGGUCAGCGGUGCCAUGGUGCUCGCUUCCUUUGGCACCACCAUCAUACACCUGUAUCUCUGUGUCGGAGUAAUCGGAGGUUUUGGCCUGGCCUUCAACCUGCAGCCGGCCCUGACCAUCAUCGGGACGUACUUCCAGGUCAGAAGGCCACUGGCGAACGGACUCGCCAUGACAGGAAGUCCAGUCGUUCUGUUCACUCUGGCUCCGCUCAACCAGUUCCUGUUUGACUGUUUCGGCUGGAGAGGGAGUUUCCUCAUCCUGGGAUCGAUCGUGAUGAACUGCUGCGUCGCCGGUGCUCUGAUGAGACCGGUCAACAAGAGCGUCGAACCGAAGACCGAGCCGCCGCCGUGUGACCAGCUUCCCGCCGAGGAGGAUCCCGCUGCCAAUGUGAAACUCCUGACUGAAGAAAACCUGAGUGAGAGCAGGAGUCAGAGCUGUUUUCACAAGUUCGUCGACGUCUCACUUUUCAAACACAGAGGCUUCCUCAUCUACCUCGUCGGUAACGUGGUCAUGUUUUUUGGCUUUUUCGCACCGGUGGUCUUCCUGGCGCCGUACGCCAGACACCAAGGGGUCGACGAAUAUUCAGCAGCUUUCCUGCUUUCUAUCUUCGCUCUGGUGGACAUGUUUGUCCGACCGGCCACCGGCCUCCUGGGCAACACCAAGUGGAUCAGGCCACGGAUCCAAUACUUCUUCAGUUUCGCCGUCGCCUACAACGGCGUGUGUCACCUCCUGUGCCCGCUCGCCGACGGAUACGCGGGUCUGGUGGUGUACACCGUCUUCUUCGGCGUGGCCUUCGGGAUGCUCUGCGCGCUGCUCUUCGAGGUGCUGAUGGACCUGGUCGGGGCCAAACGCUUCUCCACUGCGGUCGGACUCGUCACCAUCAUCGAGUGUGGACCGGUGCUUCUGGGUCCGCCGCUCUCAGGAGCCUUGGUCGAUAAAUUCGGAGAUUACAAAUACAUGUACUACGCGUGCGGCGUGUUCAUGCUGGUGCCGGGCAUAUUUUUCUUCAUCAUGCACUACUACAACUACAAGUGGCUGGACGAGGAGCAGCGGCGCAGUGAGGCCGCGGACACGAGGAACUCUGAAGAGGCAGUGGAACUUCACGUUAAUGAGAAAAUAGCGUAUGAAACGGACGGAUGAGAGAGAAAACAAGGAACAUGUUCUGCUGUAGGACAUUCAGGCGAUUAUCACUAAAUAUAUAUUCACCUUUGAAAAGACGAGUUUAUUUGACAGUGUGGACCUUUGCCAUGUAUCUGUAUUAACAAUGGUUGUUUUAUGUAUAGUAUUAUAAUGAUUACGUUAUGUGACGACUGUAACUCUAAUGGCAUUUUGCUCUUCCGUCCUCUUUCCUUUACAGUGCAAUUACCAUAAUGGCUCCAUAAACUAAUACUGCGCCUCUUCGAUUAUUCAGCCGCUGAAUAAAAAGUAAUUUUCCUGAGGGGCUGAUGUAAAAUAAUGAGACAGAACACGAGAGCCGAAGCGUUACUGUUAAUCAUCGCCUCUGAACCACUAGAUGGCACCGGACACUAUCAUGAGGGAAAUGAUCAGUGAGAAGAACACACUUCUGUUAUACUGAAGCCAUCUUCAUUCAGGGUUUAGUUAUUUACAGUAUUGUUUCCAAAGUGUAGGUCAUCACCUCCCACGGGCUGCCAGGAAAAUAUAAAAUAAUUAUCACAAAUGAGAAAAUUAAAUGUCUAGACUUUCUCCCUCUGAAUUCCUCUCAUGCUGCACAAAAAUGUAAAUCUCACUUGUAGAGACAAAUUCAUUACUCAUACUCUUACUGUCAAACACUUCUCCAGUGUUACAGGAAUGCGUGAACGUUGUUUCGCUGCCGCACCAAUUUAGUACAGUCGUAAGAAUUCAGUAUGAAGUUAUGGAAAAUUUUUAUGAAUUUAACUUUUGAACUAGUGGGAAGAACUUGGUGCUCAUCAAGUUGUAAGAUUUCUUUUGCAUCUGUGGCUGACAAAACUAAAAAACUAUUUUUACAGUAGCUAAAGUAUGAUUUCAGUCAUGUAUGUUUAAUACAGAUUCUAAUACAAGAUCUCAGAGAAAAUACCUGAUCGCAGGUCACAUGAUCCUACUUUAUCUUCCAUCGUACUGUACGACCACAGACGAACGGACGAGCCACUCGGCCGCAGAACAAAACCAUUAUUAUGAGAUGUAUGUUCAAAUUCCUUAUCGUGUCCCUGCGAGGUGCAAAUCGACUCCCUGCUUCAGAUGGAGGAAAAUUGCUUAUGUGAGCGAAUCAAUACGUUUAUUAAUAACCUUGGAUAACGUCUGAAAAUCAGACCGAGCAGUGGGAGAAAAACCACGGUCUCCAAAUCACUGGGUCAUAACUGAACCCAGUUACAGUCGAUACGGCACCGACACGACUCUGGUUUUUAACUGCAGGUUGUUCUGACCAAGACUUUUGAUCUCACUCUGGCCAAAACAGAAAAUAUGCAAAUUUUACUUUAAAACUCAUGUUUAUUUUUGAAUUGUACAAAACUAUAUGUUUAUGCAGUAGUGGAGGAAGUAUUGAUACUUUAUUAACUUCCAGUGCCACAUUGUAAAAAAGAAAAAGUCCUGGUCAUCAGUGUUAUUACGUAUCCAGUGAUAUACUAUAUACAUAUAUUUUUUUAUACAGUAUACCAUUCGAUUAUUGUGCAUCUGUUCAUUACUGUGAAAGUAGAAUUAUAUACUCUUAGUUGAAAGUGGAACUAAUUUUCAGACUGUUUUAUAAAAGAAUGCGACUAAUAAAUAUAUUUUGUUAUGGACAAA